GAUUAUUGGUGGUAUGAUCAUCAUUUAGUUAUUAACUAUUUUUUUUUUCUCCCGAAUUUCAGUAUUUCAUUCACUCAAUCUUCUAAAUUCACUCUCUGAAACCGAAACCUGCAAAAGUUGUGAAUAAUGUUCUUUUCAAUCCCAUUGGGGAAACAGCAGCAUGAUAGAGAGGAGAGAGAAGGGAUAGGGGUGAGUUUCAGGCCAGAAAACUUCAUCCCAGGUGUUGUUAUUGGCUUCAUUUUUGGGUUUCUUCUUGAUUUAGCUAAACCCUCCAAAACCCCACCUAAAUCCUUAAACCAAACUCAGAAUUCCUUUUCUUCAGGCCAUUCAGAUGAAGAAUUGAAGAUGGUUUUGGUGGUUAGACAAGAUCUAAAAAUGGGAACCGGAAAGAUUGCAUCUCAAUGUGCACAUGCUGCCACUGGCAUGUAUGCCGAACUAAUGCUAAGUCAGCGGUUCCUAUUGAGGCAGUGGGAGCAAUGUGGACAGGCUAAAAUAGUAGUGACAUGCAAAAAUCAAAAAGAAAUGAAUAAAUUGCAGCAAGAUGCUGAGAGCAUUGGUCUUCCAACUUUUGUUGUUGCAGAUGCUGGGCGCACACAGAUUGCAGCUGGUUCUAAGACAGUACUUGCAAUAGGACCUGGAAGCAAGGCUUCUGUGGAUUCAGUCACCGGGAAACAACGACUUCUUUGAUAGCUUAAUCACGAGCCCGGUUUUCUUUCAGAAAGCAACAAGCUAUUCUCUGUGAUGUCACGAUUCUGACGAUUAUGCUUCCAUUAGUUCUAACUGUAGAUCAAAUAGAAGCCAAUAAUAUGCAUAGGAGAAGAAUUGUGGCUUUGAUUUGGUGAAAAUUCUUUGUGGCAGCUCAGUUUCUGUCUUCCUCAUUCAAUUGUAGUAGUCUAUUCUAUAAUUUCUUACAGUGUAAUUCAUGCUUCAAACAACAAGCACAUACGAAAUUCAAUUGAACACUUAUUUCUUUCGAAUGGGAAGUACAGAUUGGUUCAUUUCUCUUAA